AUGAAAGAAGCUGUUGAAACUAAAAAAGUUGAUGAAAAAUUGGAAAAAGCCAAUGAUCCAAAUGUUAAACCAAGUGAACGAAUGGAUGCUGAAUUUGAAGCAAACAAAGCAGCAGCUAAAGCUGCCGAACAUCAUGCUAAAGCUGAAGAACAUAAGAAUAAACAUUGUUGCGUAAUUGUUUGUUUUUGUGAAAAUAACCAAGACAUUUUAAACUAUGAAUUAAACUCAAUAAAUAUAACAUUUUAUUCAUACACAGAUUGUCAAGUUUAA